AAACGCUUUUGGGACGCUUUCCUUUCAUUUUCUCGUUUUACCUGUUUAUGAAGCAGGAAAAACUUGCCCCAGAUGAAUUGUUCUGUCCGGAGCGCCUGACCCUACGUUUGCCGAACUGCGUUGGUAGCUCUCGACGGACAUCCGAUGAUUUAUGCGUGCCUAUAGACUGCGAAGCUGAGCUGACUUGCCCUCACUCCCAUGUUGACAGAAAGUUGAAAUGGCAUUACCACGGUGAUGACUCCUUUUGGGGAUCCUUGUACACCGGGUCUUGUUUCAUUCCCUUUGCUUUUCCUUCGCCCCACUUUUAUUUACUUUCUUGUUUCCAGCCUGUCAAUUUCCCUUUUCUCCCCUCCCCUAUCGCAACCCCCUAUUGAUGCUGCCUCCGGAAGGACCAAAGGGAGGAUGCAUUGCUUCCAUUCCCCGUUUACCAACAGACGAGGCCCAAAACAUUUGAGUUUCUACAUGUAGACGAGACCUGAAUUUUCCUAUUCGAGC